AUGGCAGAAGGGGAGCGAGUGAAGGGAGAUGAAUUAGUGAAGGGAAAUGGACAAUGGUUUACCAAUGGAGAGCCUGUAGCCAGACAGGAGUCCCUUGAUCCUGUGGGUGACCCGGAACCUGGUCUAUACAAGCAGGGUGACCCGGAACCUGGUCUACACAAGCAGGGUGACCCAGAACCUGGUCUACACAAGCAGGGUGACCGAGAAGCUGGUCUACACAAGCAGGGUGACCCAGAACCUGGUCUACACAAGCAGGGUGACCCAGAACCUGGUCUACACAAGCAGGGUGACCCAGAACCUGGUCUACACAAGCAGGGUGACCCAGAACCUGGUCUACACAAGCAGGGUGACCCAGAACCUGGUCUACACAAGCAGGGUGACCCAGAACCUGGUCUACACAAAUAG